AUGAAGCUUUCCUUGAUCAACGAAGCGUUGAAUUACGGGGGUAUUGGAGCAAUCGUCGGGCACGAAAUAACUCACGGCUUUGAUAAUAAAGGAAAAAAAUAUGAUGCAUACGGCAAACGUCGCGAUUGGUGGAGUGAAGACUCACAGGAAAAAUAUGAGCAGCGAUCUCAAUGUUUCGUCGACCAGUACGGAAAGAUUGAGGUACCAGAAACUGGACACAAAAUUGAUGGUGAGCGCACUCUAAGAGAAAAUAUUGCUGACAAUGGGGGAGUGAAACUAUCAUACGGGGCUUACAAAGCUUAUCUGCAAAAGCAUGGUGGUGAGGAAGACAGGGUCAAAGGUUUUGAACAAUUCGACAACGACCAAAUGUUUUUCUUGGGCUGGGCUACGGCCUGGUGCGAGCAUACAACAAAUAAAGUACUGAUCAACCUAAUCCUCAAAGGUGUGCAUUCCCCGGCACGAUAUCGUGUCAACCAAGUGCUGGCUAAUCAGCGUGAAUUCGCUGCUGCUUUUAACUGUGAUGUUGGCAGUGCCAUGAACCCCACCGAGCGUUGCGCUCUUUGGUAGACGUACGACAUUAGUGGGCCGAUUUAUACAAGUUUAUCAAUGUUUUAGAGGUGCAAAAUUACGAAAAUGUUAAUGAUGACAGGUUGCUGCUAGACACAUGGAUGUUGUAAAUCUAUUAGCAUGUUGACUCGUUGUUCUAGUUGCGAUUUUACAAAUCAUCGCUUGCAUUCUAUGUGGAAUGACUGAUUAGUCGAAAUGCAAUCGCGCAUCCGGUGUUUACGCUGAGAUUGUGAGAAAUGUC